AUGGAAAAGAACAUCUGCUGUUGGCAACGAAGGAGAAAAGAAGUCGUCUACGACGAUUGCGUACUCGAGGACUCCUUGUCCCAAGGUGACUGGCACACUGAGGAGGACCCAAACGUGGACUACGAGAUGCUGCUCAGAGGAUUACGAGCCUGCGCUGAACGUGCCUCGAAGCCGCGCACGACAAACUUAGAUCGAAUUUCGAAGAUCACCAAGAAAUUGUUGGAAAGAAGAAGGGCUUUGAGGCUUGAUCCAAAUGCAUCGCACACUGAGCCGUUAGCAGCAAACACUAGCUGCAGAAAAGCGUUGCAGGAGGAUCUUUUGAGGUACAGGCAGAAGAAGAUUCUAGAAACAGCACAAAGAAGAACGAGUCUAAAGAAGUGCCGCAGGGAUCUCAGCGAAUAUAAUAUUCCGUUAGCAACCUUGCUGAGCGAAGACGGAACUCGCACGUCUUCUCGUCGUGAGAUGGAAAUCAUUACGUAG